GGGCUCCUGCGCCGCUGCCUCGCCGGGAGGACUUGACAUUUGCAAGUCCCCCAUUUUGACAGUAAUCAUCAUGGACAACGUAUUUCUAACAGAGGACAAGGCCAAUUCUGUGUUAAAAAGAUACCCAAGAGCCAACAGAUUUUUGGAAGAAUUAAAGCAAGGUGAUAUAGAGCAUGAAUGCCGAGAAGAAAUCUGCACCUAUGAAGAAGCAAGAGAAGCUUUUGAAAAUGAGGAAAAGACGAAGGAGUUCUGGAAAGUCUACAAAAAUGGACUUCAGGGAGAAAGUAACACAGGACAUACCUGGUAUUCAUUUUACCUUGCAUUUCCAUUAAUCAUUGGCCUUUUUGUUAUCCUCAUUGUCAUUUUUGUCAUAUGGAGGUGCCUGUUUAAAAAGAAAAUGCGUAGACAGUCCGUGUACAUGCGUAGGGGAGCCCACGAAGCGAUGGGUGAUGGUGCUGAGGCUGACGGCAGAGGUCCACUUCCGCAGCCUCUCAGCAUUGUUCAUUCCCCACAGGAGGAAAUGUAUGAAGUCAGUGGGCUCUCUCCAGGAGGCCUGAGCUAUACAGAUGGACGGUCAGACUCAAUAUCCACAAGGCUAUCGAACUGUGAUCCUCCUCCUUCAUAUGAGGAAGCCACUGGUGAAAUCAGUAUAAGAAGUGAAACUGAGCAACACUUAGAUCCACCCCCACAAUAUGAAGACAUUGUGAAUUCCACUUCAGCCAAUGCAAUUGAACUAUCUCCUGUUAUCACCAGUAUUAAAUAAAGCAAGAGGAGCGCUACUGAAUUAAAAAAAAAAAUACUAAUCAUUUUGUAGCACUUUAUCUUGGCUUAUUAUGCAUUUCUGUAAUUUAAUGGACUUGUAUAAUGAACUUCGUUUUGUUUUGGUUUCAUUUAUGGUUUGGGAUUUUUUUUUUUAUUUUCUUUCUUCCUACAGCAGGUCUUUAAAGAUCAGGAAUCUGUAUUGAGAGCAUAGCGCGGGUACAGAUGUGAUGCUCUGUCAUACUUCUCAAAAGUACCUCCACUUUGAGGGAGGUCACUUAUUUUAUUCUGAAUGUUGUCUGCAUUUCCUACAGAUCUGUGUAAUCCCCUUCACUUCUUACUGCAAACUGUCAGAAUUCCCUGAAGUAGGGAAUUCUUGAGCAAUGUUUCAGAAACCUUUUACACUAAAAGGACUAACUUUGCACUAUUCUCUCUUGUCUGGUUGGUUUCUUUUUCUCACAUGAAUCUUUGUAACUUGCUGCACCAUACCCUGGGCCUGAAGGCUGAGGGCAGUAUCCCUUUGAGUACAAACCAGAAUAUCAUCAGAGUAUGCUGGUUUAAUAGCAAUAAUUUUACAGCCCUAAUAGAGGGGAUAUAUUCUAAAGCUUUUGCUGUUACACCUCAAAAUUCUGUAACUUCAACUGUUUUGAAGUUCUUAAUUCAAGAUGGCAAUUAGAGAAUUUAACAGUACACUCUUUUUUGUGUUCUGCUUUUCCUCUGUUUUUCUUUCUACUUUUACCUGUGAAUCCUAGAGAUGAGAUGUGAGCAUAUGUUAGUAUGUACCUGUAAGUAACAGCUAAUAAUAACAUAGUGGAUAAAAUCCUGAUCACUUGGAAGUAGAUACCAAAGCUACACUAGCCUUUGCUGGGACCAGAAUUUCAUCCGUUGUCCAUUACAUGAAUCCUAAGGUGAUCACAGAAUCACAGAAUGGUCAUGGUUGGAAGGACCUCUGGAGAUCAUCUAGUCCCAUCCCCCUGCUCAAGCAGGGUCACCUAGAGCACAUUGCACAGGGUUGCAUCUGGGCAGAUUUUUAGUAUCUCCAGAGAAGAAGACUCCACAACCUAUCUGGUUGACCUCUUCCUGUGCUCUGUCAUCCUCACACUAAAGAAUAUUUCCUCGUAUUCAGAUGGAGCUUCCUAUAUUUCAGUUUGUGCCCGUUGCUUCUUGUCCUGUCCCUGGGCACUACUGCAAAGAAUCUGACCUCAUCCUCUUUACACCCUUCUCUUCAGACGUUUGUAGAUAUUGAUAAGAUCCCCUCUGUCUUCUCCAGGCUAAACAGGCCCAGUUCUCUCGACACCUUUCUUAUGAGGAAAGGCUCCAGUCUCUAAUCUUUUUCAUAGCCCUCCAGUUCUCAAUCCACCUCACUGUCCACUCAUCUAACUCACGCUUUCUAACCUUACCCAUGAGGAUGUUAUGGGAAACAGUGUCAAAAGCCUUGUCAGGAUAGGCAACAUCCACUGGUCUCCCCUCAUCUACCCAGCCAGUCAUUCUAUCACAGAGGGCUAUCACGUUGGUUAAGCAUGAUUUCCCCUUGGGUAAUACUUUCCUUUUUCAAAAGAAAAAUUGUGUGUUUUCCCCUUCCUGUUAUGAAAUAAAAAUCCCUUCUCCAAGUCCUGGUGUUCUCCUACCUCUUGUCUUGCAUUCUUACACAUAGCAUGUGUUCAUCUUGUAUUGAUGGCUGUGGAAAUCCAUUGCAGAGAACUUUGGUACCUUUUCUCAGCAACUUUAUUGCCUAUCUACUUCAGCAAGAUGCUUCUGUUACAAAAGUUAACAUUGCUGUAAGGAAAUAAAAGUACAUUAAUUUUU